UUUAAUAGUUUUCUUCCGCCUCCGGCCUCACUCGACGACACGAGCAUUCUGUUGAAUCUGUUCUGCAAGACUGCCAAGAGUCCAAGACUGCAUCUGUGCGGCUGUGCUUCAGCCGACGCCAUCAACGCCAUUUGAUUUGAGGGAGAGGAGACGACUUCUUGACGACGUCCACUUGUUAUUCUUGUCCUAAGCAACAGAGCCAUUUGGGUAACCCACUUGCAACGGGGGGCUCUGAGGCUUAAACCGGCAAGGGGUUUUCCCGCUCGUCCUCUUCCCAACUGAUCUUUGUGCUCGUCUUUUCUGCGAGAGUGCUCGUAUCCUAGCCGUCUCAAGCAUACCUAUUCAACUACAGGUAUGUACGGUUUUCUGCCUUCAGAUAUUUGUCUUCUCCGAGAUUUUGUAUACCCAUUGGUUCGUCGUGAACCAAAAUUAUUUUCUCAUCCAUUUGUUCACCAAUUACAUGAUAAAAGCGAGCUGCCACUCGAUUUAAAAGAGAUGACUGGGAGAUUCCAAUGUUCGGACCAGCUUAAGUACUACUUCGUGAUGCCAGAAGGGCCUCUGGUUGGUAGAGAGAAUGCGAUAGAGAUCGUAGGAAUUAAAACGUUUUGGAGUAAAACAGGUGAUGAAUUCCGUAUCCGUGAAUCGGGAUAUUCAUAUGGGAAGGCAACUAUGUACGCCUACAUAAAGGGAAAACGUGUCACCAAUUGGUGUAUGGCUAUAUAUCACGUAGAUCCACAGGGAGUGCUGAAAUGUGGUUCAGUUGAAUUGGGAUUGCAUCAAGUUGAGUUACAGUGGAAAGCUGUCUAUAUUUUUUCAAAAUGUCUACAUCUCAACAUUUUCAAUCCAGUGCCCCAAGCAGCAUUGCCACCACCACCAUCAGCAUUAUCAGGUAUGCACGCAUUUGUGCCUUCAGCUGAUUGUCUUCUUCGAGAUUUUGUAUACCCCGUGGUUCGUCAUGAGCGGAAUUUAUUUCCUCAUCCAUUUGUUCACCAAUUACACGAUCGAAGCGAAUUGCCCGUUGAUAUAGAUGAGAUGAGAAGGCGAUUCCAAAUUUUGGACUAUCGUUUCUGUGAUAAGUACUACUUUGUGAUGCUUGAAGGGCCUCCAACUGGUGAAAAGAAUGCCAUAAAGAUUGGCGGAACUAAAGUAUUUUGGAAAAAAAUUAGUAAAAAACAUGCUAUCCAUGACCGUUUUUGUCGUCUUGGUUUUGGAUUUUAUUUUGGGGAGGCAUAUGGGUAUGGUACCAUGUAUGCAUACAUCCGUGGAGAAAGGGAGAUCGGUUGGUAUAUGGUUAUAUAUCGCGUAAAUCUUACUAGAGUGCGAAAAUGUGGCCCACGGGAAUUGGGAUUGAAUCAAAUUGAGUCUCGAUGGGUAGCUGUCAAGAUUUUGCCAAAAGAUGCAUCUAUGAUGGUUUUCAAUCCUGCGCCCCUCCUUGGACCGGCUCCACCUGCACCACCAGGUGAUGAGUUACCACCUCCACCACCGUCACCACCAGCAUCAACAGGCAAUAGGCGCACCCGUCACCACCCACUAGCAUUAUCAGGCAAUAAGCGCAAUCGGUACGAACUACGAUCUACCAGCAUAAUCAAGCAAUAAGACACCACUAUUAUUGUCGUCAUCAAUAUCAUCACCAGCAAAGAUUAAGCACAGCUAUAUGGGGUAUCAUUAUUAAGAUUGCAUUUCUUGCUAUUAAAAGAAAUUGAUAAAAAUUAGGAGAUUAAAAGAAUUUACUUUUAGUAACCCUUUGUUCAUUAAGGUUUUACUGAGUUUUUAUGUUUUAUUAAGAACCCUUAUCUAUUAAGGAUUAUGAGUCUUUAUUUAAUUUUAUUAGGAUUUUCUACUAAUAUUAACAAUUAGGAUUUGGAAUUUC